ACGAAGUACAAUAUCAGAAAUAUGGCCCCUGGUAGCUACAUCGCACUUCACACUCUUGUGGCGCUCACCUUUGUUUUAACAUCGGUGCAGUUAGCUAAGUCUUUGACGCUGGACGUAGAAGAUGAAGAUCGCUUCCCUGUUCCCAAUUCCGAGGUCCGGCUGACGUGCUCCGGUCAUUACGACGGCAUCUUAACCUUCAGCGGCAAUCCACAAACAGGAGGGAGAGUUGUCUGGACCAAGGACAGGCAGAGAGUGGCAGAGUGGCCAAAACCAGCCGGAACGGAGACACCCAGUAAAUACGAACUGUCGGCAGAACCAAGUAGUUCCAUGUUCUUUGCUGACCUCGUGAUCCAUUCCGUGGACGCAACAGAUAACGGUGUGUACAAAUGCCGGCUGAAAAGAGGUCAAACGGUACUCGGUACGUCAAACGAGGAGAGACUGACGGUCGAGCAGCGACCAGCAAGUCAGUAUCCGGUAUGCUCGGUCCGCACCCUGGAGAACAAGAGAACAUUCAUCUGCGAGUCUGAGAGGGGAAGUCCACCGGUCACCCUUCAGUGGUUAAAAGAUGGACAACCUCUCGGGCCGUCGAGCGAGCCGGAAGAUGACUCGGGGGACUUUGUCCAGGCUCGCUUGUUGGUGGCGGAUGGCGAAUCAAGCAGAGGAAGGUUUGAAUGCUCCUUGACAUUCAGGGGACAGCUUAGCAGAUCUUGCUUCCUGGACCGACCCAUCGUGACGAUUCCAAUCACCACGAGUGGACUGAGCAUAGGAGAAGAUUUGGUCAUCGUCUGCGUCACCUCUGGCAAUCCGGAGUCUACCGUUGACUGGAACUUCAGACCUAAUCUUCACUCGUCUGUCAGAAAGGAAGGACAUAUGCUGACGAUAAAGAACCUUAGCUCCAGCGACAAUGGAACUCAGAUAAUCUGCGAGGGACACAAUGCAGUUGGCAGCAAUCAGGCAAGUAGAGUGAUCACCUUGCGACCUCUUGAAACCACAGUGCAACCAAUAACAGUCCAACUUGAACAAACCGAAAUACCGACAUCAGUUGACGAACAGGCCCAGUUCAAAUGCAUUGCAACUCCCGCUCGCUUCCCUGCUCCCCUGUGUGUAUGGCAGUACAAUGGUCAUUUCGUCGACUCCUUAAACACCACUGACAGAUUCCUCGUGGAGGACCGUUCGGAGCACGUCCUGUCAGUGUCUGGUGUGUCGACCCUGGAUGUAGGAGCCUCGGUAACCUGUCGCAUCAUGGUCGGUUAUCAGCCCAACGCUGAGGUUUUCCUUCAGGCGAGUUUCCCACAAACCACCAAGGCUACUAUCCAGAUCACCCCCAAGUUGGGAUCUUCAACAUCGGAGACUUGGUCUCUCAGCACACUGAUGGGGUACAUCAUCGGAGGUCUGAUGUGCUUGGUCUUGGUGGGAAUAUGCUGCUGGGUCUCUCUCAAGGCCAAGACACUCCUGUGUGCCAAGCAAGACACCAAGAACGUCCGGAAGAAUGGUACAGGGGCCAAUGCUUCUUGCACCAACGUCAACGAUGACUUUGUGGUGGACCUCGGGAUGCCUCCUGAACAGAUCGCCCGUCCAACGAGGGCGGCAAAGGUCGUGGAUGAAGAGGAAUCGGUCUACCAGGAUUUGGAGGACGUAUCCCGUCAACGUCAGAUCAAUGAGUACCAACGUCUCAUCAGCAACGACUGGAACCCACCCGUCCCAGUAUCGUCUCAGAGAUGAAUUGUCUGUGUCAGGUUGUUAUAGAUGGCGACCUUUGUUCAUCUAAGAAAGUUGGGUCCGAGGGAGAUUUUACCCCGUUAGCUGAAGCUGAUUGAUUAAAAUUAGUGAAUAGAUCAUUCAAUUGCUGAGGGAAAUUGCCUCAAAUUGGACCAACUUAUUGUUUACGCAAAGUAAAAAUUCACGACAAGUUUUUCGCUUCAACAAAAACGGGACUUUGAGCCGUCUUUCCUAGCCCGAGUGUUAAAACAAUUUGAGUAACGUUCAUGUUGAUGCAUGGUUGUGUAUGUCACGUGAGGUUUAUGCUUACAUUAUAUAAGGGAACAUAAGGGAUCGGCGGGACAUUUUACCCCGUUAGCUGAAGCUUAUUGAUGAAAAUGAGUGAAUAAAUCAUUUUAACUGCUCAGGGAAAUUGUCUCGAAUUGGACCAAAUUAUUGUUUACCAUGCUGUGCUCUACGACAAGUAGAGCACAGCAUGGACUUUGGGGGACGUCUUACCUCUGGGGUAUUCCCUCCCAUCGGGAAGGGAAUGACUUAUUUUAUUAAAUCAUUUUAUAUUUACAAAAUGUGUUAUGCUAGAAGAGACAUUCAUGCUAAGUACAUUAUACAAUUUGCGAAUGUAAACCGAGGUGAUCGUUAGCCAGGAAGUGAUUUGGUUUUGCCAACCACAUUUGGCAUGAUAUCCGGAGUAUAAAACUAUUUGAGUUCAUGUUAAUGCAUGGUAAUUGUAUAUAACAUUGCUGGUCAACUCGCAUGUAAAAUUGCCUUAUUUUAUACUUUUUUUGUCACAAUAAACACGUAUACGAUAACCCGUACUAUUGGAAUAUCGUAUGAGAUUGAUGCUUACAUCAUAUAAGGGAAUAUAUUUGCUAAAUUAGAAAAGUAAGACUAUUUGUGUGUGUUUUUAAUCGAUGUUUUGGACUACGAAAAGUAAUACCUGAACAAUAGUUUUAUAUAGUUCAAGAAUAGUUUUUAAGAACAGUUUAUUAACGGGCAACUGGUUAAUUUUUUGACUAUUUUCUGUACGAGCUUCUAUUUGUACAAGAUUAAGAGCUUUACACGAAAUAUUUGCGAAUAUACUGCAUGUUUGCGUUUAUACUGUUUCUCUAUUAUUCCAAGUUUACUGUUACUCUAUAUUGAGCCUGGAAUCUUGACAAUUUCCUGCGUCCUCUUUUGGGGACGGUUUUAUAGACAAAUUCCAUCGAAAUACGUCUUGUAAAUAAAGCACUGCAAAACAAAACCAAUCUUGCUAUAAAAAUGAACGGAUUCCUUGAAGUAAAAAAAAAGGCGAUGAGGCCUAAACCGUGUGUCCGGUAUUGGAAACCCAAUUGACACUGCUCAAGUUAAGAAAAAGUUUGAAAUAAUGUUUAAAAAAUCUGUGUUUAUGGGCCAUUGUUAAUUGCGGCAUUUUUAAAUUUAAUCAUGAAUCAGCAUGUUAAAUACUCGCUGUUAUUCUGCAUUGUAUACUAGCACAUUGCUUAUAUACCUCCAUUUUUAUUGCAAAAUAUCUUGUGAAACUCGGUACACUAUACACUAAUCGGAAUACAUGUAUAUUUGCAGUCGAGCAAGGUAUACGUGAAAUUAUAAGACAUGUGAUUUACAAAUGGUUAAAGUCUCCGAUUGGUUUCGUUUCUGCAGCUGAGAUGUUACACGUGGAGCGAAUAUCGAAUAUUAUAAAAUUAAUACGCUAUUUUUCAAAAAUCGCAACACUUAAGAUAUUGAUCAAGGUGUAAAUAUUUAAAAACAGAGUGAAGUUGAUCUUCGACAAAAAAUUGCUUCUUAUCAGUUUUACCCUAACAAUUUUUGAAUUUGAUUGAGUUCAUGACAAAAAAGCUUUAACCCAUUAGCAAUUGUAGCCUAUUCUACAUUGUAUUUAAUUGUCUGUAUUUACUGAAAUCAUUACUGUGACAAAUUUGGAAACCAGAAGUGAAAGAGAAUGAAAUGUAUGAUGUCCUUGAGCAAGAAAACUAAUACAAUAUUUUGCUUUUCUGCUAACCAUGCCUGUGGUGAUUUACUAUUGUAAAC